ACCAUACCCACAAACCCACGAAAUUGAAGGUCAUGUGACCCACGAUCCCAGAAUUCUGACCCCAGCGGAUUCAUAUUUGAUCCCUCGACAACCACCACCAGCCGCUUUUUGCGUCCCGACCAGAACAACACCACCCUUCGACAACCAACCCACCCUCCCCUUCACCACACAAACAAAAUGGGUCGUCUUCACUCCAAGGGAAAGGGCAUUGCGUCCUCCGCUCUCCCCUACAGCCGUGCUCCCCCGGCCUGGUUCAAGGCCUCCUCCGAGCAGGUUGUUGAGCAGAUCUGCAAGCUCGCCAAGAAGGGUGCCACCCCUUCCCAGAUCGGUGUUGUUCUCCGUGACAGCCACGGUGUUGCCCAGGUUAAGCACGUUACCGGUAACAAGAUCCUCCGUAUCUUGAAGUCCAACGGCCUUGCCCCCGAGCUUCCCGAGGACCUGUACCACCUCAUCAAGAAGGCCGUCGCCGUCCGCAAGCACCUUGAGCGUAACCGCAAGGACAAGGACAGCAAGUUCCGCCUGAUUCUCAUCGAGUCCCGUAUCCACCGUCUGUCCCGCUACUACAAGACCGUCGGUGUCCUCCCCCCCACCUGGCGCUACGAGUCCGCCACCGCCUCCACCCUCGUUGCCUAAGCGACUUGACGUCGUUGGGUCCCCUGGGUUUCGGGUUCUGGUGUGGUUGUGACUUGGCCUUCGUGGUUGGUUCUUGUCUUCUGUUUUUCCCUUGUGUGUGAUCUGGAAAGGGUUUCGAUAGGGA